AACAAGAAUUUGAAGAUACCAAAACCUUCCCCACCAAUUACACCCAAGAACCCCCCCCCAUCUUAUUCUUUACCUUAAACACAAAACAUUAAAUAGGAAAUACAAUCGUUGCCAUUCUCGCCGAAUGUUGUCGCUCCCCGAGCACCAACCACAUGCAGCCAACUACUCGCAAAAAAAAGCUACAUGAUCCGCGCAAACCCACCAACCCCCUCAUUUGGGCCGCAGCCAUAAUCUGCGCCGUCAUAGCUGUGGUAGUGAUAGUCGUCGGCAUCGUCGUGUUUGUUGGGUACAUGGCCAUACAUCCAAGGGUGCCUUUCAUCUCCGUCACGUUCGCCCAUCUCGACACCAUACAAUAUAAUCAAGCCGGCCAACUUGAAACCCAGGUGACCGUUGUUCUGACGGCGGAGAAUGAUAACGCAAAAGCCCAUUCGAGUUUUUCCGACACCAGCUUCAUUCUCAGCUUUCAGGGGCUUCAGAUCGCGAAACUUGUCGCCGAGCCGUUUGAUGUGAGGAAAAAUAGUUCCACCCAUUUUAAUUAUGUGGUUCAAUCGUCUCAAAUACCGUUGGACCCUACUCGGAUGGAGGAAGUCGACCUGUCGUUGAAGCAGGAUCAGAUUACGUUCGAUUUGAAAGGGAGCUCACGCGCUCGAUGGAGAGUCGGGUUGGUUGGGUCGGUGAAGUUCGUCUGCCACCUGAAUUGUCAGCUCCGGUUCCGUCCGUCGAACGGAACUUAUAUAAGAUCACGUUGCAGCUCCAAAUCUAAGUGACUUUUUCUCUUUUUCUUAAUUUGUUGCUAAUUAAUGAACACAAAUUGCUA